AUGGCGACUGCAAUUCAGAAUCCCUUAAAAUCCAUGGGUGAUCAGUUCUACAAGGACGCCAUCGAGCACUGCCGCAGCUACAACGCCCGCCUGCGUGCCGAGCGCAGUGUGCGGAUGCCCUUUCUGGACUCGCAAACUGGCGUCGCUCAGAACAAUUGCUACAUCUGGAUGGAGAAGUGCCAGAGGCAACCAGGCAGAGCAUCAGGACAGAUGUACGCUUACCCGGCACGUUGCUGGCGAAAGAAGAGGCGACUUCACCCACCUCUGGAUCCUCAGCUACGCUUGUGUGAGCUUCGACUUGAGGCUGAGCUGGCCCCCAAACGCGAGGGGCCGCUGGGUGAGGCCACAGCUCUAGAGGCCCUGCUUAGGAGUGACAACCUGCUGGAGAAGAAAAGCAAUGCCUGCAAGGAGGAGGAGACCUUGCUGGAAAUACAGAGAGUGCUGGAGGCGGAGGAAAACGGAGAUGGCUUUCAAGAUGACGAAGAUUUUGAAGUGGAUACACCGAAAAGGAAGAACAGAAACCGAGGCAAAAACAGAAGCUCUAGUCGCAAGAAGACUGAAGCGGUCAGCGCAGAUGACCAAGACAAACCUUACGUUUGUGACAUCUGCGGAAAACGCUACAAGAACCGUCCUGGCCUGAGUUAUCACUACACGCACACUCACCUGGCUGAGGAGGAAGGAUGCGACGAGGAGAAGGAGAGCGAGCCAGCCCUGUCCCCCCCGCGACAUCCUGACAACCACAAACCUCAAAAGGGUCCUGACGGCAUCAUCAUCCCCAACGACUACUGCGACUUCUGCCUAGGAGACCAGGACUCUAACAGAAAGACUGGGCAGGCUGAGGAGCUUGUGUCUUGCUCUGACUGUGGACGCUCUGGCCACCCAACGUGUUUGCAGUUCACUGACAACAUGAUGCACGCAGUGAGAACGUACCAGUGGCAGUGUAUCGAGUGCAAGUCCUGUAGCCUCUGCGGUACCUCUGAAAACGACGACCAACUGCUGUUCUGCGACGACUGCGACCGAGGCUACCACAUGUAUUGCCUCAAACCGCCCAUGACUCAGCCUCCAGAAGGGAGCUGGAGUUGUCACGUGUGUGUGGACCUGUUAAAAGACAAGGCCUCAUCUUUUGGUGAAGCAUAA